AUGCGUACUUCAAACACUCUUGCGGCCCUCAUGAUGGCCAUGGGCACUCUGAGCACUGCGCUCCCCGCCGACGCUUCGGCCAAUGGGCUCGCUGCUCGUGCUGAUCCUGGACAGCAGCAGCAGCAAGGCCAGCCCAUCCCGCAGCAGCAGCAGCAAGGCCCGUUCGGCCAAGGCCAGCAGCAGCAGCAAGGCCAAGGCUACGGACAGCAGUAUGGCCCAGGACAGUACGAUCCUCAGAAGCAGGGCUACAACAACCGCCCUUCUUUUGAUGUUGGCUGCCCGGACUGUGACAAAUACUCUCACCAUGCUUAUGAGAACUCCAACUCCAACACCAAGUCGACACAUACUCAGUGCGAGAACGGUUGCUGCGCCUGCAAGCCCGAGCCCAAGCCCGAGCCCAAGCCCUGUGAGCGUAAGCACCACCCAGAGAAGCCCUGCUGCUGCAACGGAAAGUACCAGGGCGAGAAGAGGGCUUAA